AAGAGAAGUGUCUACUCUAAAGGGCGAGCUGACCUCACUGAAGGCUUUUGCACUGCUGGUUGUGAGCGAGCAACAGUGUCUGAGCGAGCUGCUGGAGGAGCAGAGACAUCGGAUCAAAGAACUGACCGCCAUCACUGAUCACAUCCAGCAGGAGUUUAGUGCCGCUCACCCCAGAGCGAAGAAGGACAAGCACCAAAAUCAAGUUUCCAUCCUAAACCAAAGCCAGAACACCAUGACAGCCCCGAGCCUGCUGUCAGAGGUCGAGCUACUGAGGAGAAGGGUCGUAGAAAUGGAGGGAAAGGACGAGGAGCUGAUUCGUAUGUGGGACCAGUGUCGAGAGCUGGACCGCAGACUCGCGAGGGAGGCCAGCCACUGCCGCAGUUUGAAAGUUGAGGUGGAUAAACUCAAUGGCAGAAUCACUGAACUGGACAGGGUAGAGGAGGCGCUGGGCAAGAGCAGACAGGACUGCAGUAUUCUGAAGGGAAGCCUGGAGCGAGAGAGAGAGGAUAGAAAGAUGCUGUCUGGUGAGCUGGACACACUGAAAGUUAGAGUGAGAGAGCUAGAGGGAGUUGAAGGCCAGCUGGGAAAGAGCGAGGCGGUGAUUCGACAGGACCUGGCCAAGCUCAGGACACUGACCGUAGUUCUGGUGGAGGACAGGAAGACCAUGGCCGAGAAGCUCAGGCAGGCUGAGGAAAAACUCAACAGGAAGGAGGGGAAUAAGAAUGAGCAAAGCAAUUUGACAUCAAUGACAGAGAGACUGAGAGAGGAAAAGCAGCAGGCACUGAGGUCCAAGGCAGAGUUAGAGGAAAGGAUUAAGGGUAUGGCGGAGGAAAAACACGAGCUCCAAGACAGACUCAAAACAGAGGAGGAGAGGAACAUAGAGUUACAAAACAAAAUAAUCAUAAUGAAGAGAAAGUUACAGCUCUUGGAAAACAGAAAAGAAAAAGAGGAGAAGUAUACGCACAGCUCAAUUCCAAACAACGCUAACCACCACUGCCAAACAGAGGACAACAAAGUCAAAGAAUUGACCCGGGAGCUAGAAAUGCUGCAAAAGAGACUACAAGACAAGGAGAUGAUGGAAGAAGAGCUAAUAAAGGUGGAGGAGGACUUUGCAUCCCUGAAAAAGAGGUUCAAGGAAGAACAGAAGAGGUCUCAGGCUCUGACUGAAGAGCUAGAGGUGGCAAAGAGAGAGCUCUCCAGGUACGAGCAGGCAGAGAAGCAGGAGGUCAACCAGGAGCACCUUCUCCUCUGUCGGCUUCAGAAGGAGCAGGUUAAGUCAAGACUCUUGGGCAGAGAGGUGGAUACCCUGAAGGAGAAACUCCAGAAGCUGACGGGAACAGACGAGUCCAUCUGCAGGGUUCAGACAGAUCACUCCACCCUGCAGAGGAAACUGACCCAGCAGGAGGCCAGCAACAGAGAGCUGGCCAGAGAGAUGAAGGAACUGAGCAGUGAGAUCGACCGCCAUAGACAAAUCAAGAAUCUUACACCUGGUGCAACAGACAACACUUUUACCGAGCUGUGCCAGAACACCAAAGAGGUGCAGACUGAGCCAGCAGAUAGCCUGACGCCUGACUACAGCGAGAAACAGGAUGAAGAAAGCGAGAAUGAGGACCACAACACUGAAGUCAUGAACAGAAGAAGGUCCCUCUUCAACAGCCUGAACAGCUUGAACAGUGCAAAUAAUAACAUAAGCCCAUACAGCAGCCCAUCGCCCGACGGCGUCGAUAUGCCCCCAAACGGAGAGGUGAUGAUGUUAACGCACACACCAGGGCAGCCCCUGCACAUCAAAGUAACCCCGCAUCAUAUCCUCAACACAGCCACACUGGAGAUAAGCAGCCCCACUGGAGACGCAGCUACGUCUUACACCAGCACGGCGCUCAUUCCAACAAGCGGAGCCUCGCCUAAACAGAGGAUAACCAUCAUACAGAACUCAGCUCUGUCUGCAGUCAGUUGUAAAACCCCACCUUCAAGCCCCGACCGCACCAUCUCUCCACUUGACGGUACACCCAUCUCACGGGUGUUGAGUCCAAAUUCAUCACGGUCUGCGACACCGGACCAAAGCAACUCUCCGAUUCAGAUCGUUACAGUCCGGACCUGUUCUCCAGAGCCGAUGGAGGCCGCAAGUCAAGCUUACUGCAAGACGCCGGAGCGGCAAAACAGCUGGCAACACCAGAGGUCCAACAGCACCGAUACAAGUCCGGGCAUCACCGCCACAGAGGAUAGCAAGAUCCAUAUUCAUCUGGGGAGUCCGUACAUCCAGUCCCUGACAGGGAUUACCCACAGCAUCCCGCAGCCUGUUGGGCCAUACUAUCUCCGGCAUGAGCAAAGGACUCAAGUGCUCGCCAGUGGCUGUCAUGUCAAAGGUGUUGGUAAAAUUACAAGUAGCAUCACUAUAUCCCCUGCUACCUCUACAGCCGCACAUUCCUCAAAUAUAACAGUAAGUGGCCUUUGUGAUUAGGUGAGAAUGUAUAUAUUCUCUCAGUCCCAUUUCUGUAUCACACAACUAAAACAAUUCACUUUGCUUAACGAGAAUCUAGUUUGUUGUAUUUUGUAACAAUCAUGAAAUAAUUGCUUUGUGGUGGGUUUUAUAAGAGCCGUUGUAAAGCCUACUUUGUGUAGUUAGUGUGUCUUCAAGACAUGUGUUUAGUGCCUGUAUGCGAGUUAUGUGAGACCUCAAUGCAGCCAAAUAUGUGAUGUGCUUUUUACAAGUUUCGUUAAUGUGGUUUUUUUCCUGCUCAUUAAAAGUGUUUGUGUUGAUUUUA